CUUCUUCCUUUGGUCUGCUCCCCUCCAUUGUCUUCGACCUCCAUCCAAAAGAGACGCAUCUCUAUUCUAUGAGUCUUUAAACUUUGAUUCCUCCGCCCCUCAAUUUCCCCCCCAAAGCUCUUUCUGGGUUCUCUUCAUCCCCUCCCAAAUCAUCCGAAAAUGGCUCUCUCCGCUUUCAAAUCCACGACCAAACGAGGAACAAACCCAAAUGGGCCGGAUCCAUCGAAACAAGGCAACAAGGGCGCAAAUCGUCGGUCUAGGAGCGUGAGCGCAGUGUCAAGGGCUAAUGGGCCAUCCUCUUCUAAGUCUUCUUCAUCGAAUUUGUCGGUCUCCGACGAGUUCUUGAUUAAGAGGGAUAACCCACUCUACUGCUGCUCUAGCUCCUCUUCUUCAUCGUCGCCUGACGAGGUUCUAGAAGGUUCUGGAAGGAGAGGGAGGUCGUUUUCGAGGAGCUCGGAAGUGGGGAAACAGGGUUCAGGGGGCUGCAGGAAUGAGAAGACGGUGAGGAGUCUGUCGAGGGUUGACCCGGGGAGGAGGAGGAUGAGGUCGGUUUCCAGAGGGCGCUAUGGGAAAUUGGAGACUGAUGUAGGACAACGUUACAACUCUAUUUCUAGUUUGAGAAGUAAUGAGGUUGGUAGAAGUACUACAUCCAAGGGUCAGAGACAAAGUGUUGUAACUGAUACAGAAUUUGAUGCAAAGGAAAAAGCAAGGAAUUUACAGAAGUGGACAAGUCGGCAUCCUAUUUCAGGAUCCUGGGAUGCAUCCAGUUCAUGUUCGCAAGGUCAGAACUGGGAAGAUGGGAUUUCAACAAGUUCUUUUUCUGAAGCAGAAGAGACACUUGCUUCAGAGAGGGACAAUCCUCCAAUUGAUGUUGGUUCUGGUGCAAUUUAUGAAACUGUUAGAUCCGAAGUAUGUCGUGCUGUUUCUGAGAUUUGCGAUAACCUUGAGAAUGCCAUUUGGAGAAAGCAACCUUCUAUAUUCAGCACAGAAAAUAUUGAGGAUACCUCACCUGAAUUUGUGAACACUGAUGAGAUAGUUACACAUAUGAGAAGUGAAUAUGUAUCAAGGCUCGAGCAGGCCCAGGAACGUGCAAGGAAACUUCGGGCUGACUUAGCUAUCGAAGAGCAGCGUGAGCAAGAACUUAGUAGAAUCCUAGAGGAAAUAGCUCAUGCUCCAAGAAACUCCGACUGCCGAAAAUCUCAUCCAAAGAGAAAGACAAGCAUAGAGCGCCAAAGGAUGUCAAGGCGUUUGGCAGAAGAAGCAAUGAACUAUUUUGAUGAAUGUGUGUCAUUAUCAACUUUUGAUAGCUCAGACUUCUCAUCAUUAGAGGAUCCACAGCCCACCUCAACUAUUGGUGUUUCUAUAGCUACUAUGGGCAGCAGUAGAUUUUCCCCAAGUGAAGGGUCAAAAGAUCACUCGGUUUCUGAUUUCACUAAUCAUCAUGAGGAGUUGGAUAACCAGACUCAGUGCUCACAUAGCAUCCAAGAAUCUGAUUUAGCUCUCAGCAGUUGCAGUAGCAGCAAGGCUGGGAGCCUAAUACACGCAAAUGGUAGCCACAACGGUCUCCUUUAUAAUUUUCCUCAGAGUGAAGAUAUGCAAGAAUCGUUUGCACGAGACAAAAUGAAAGCUGUUGGAGCCCAUGAUAUCAGACAUUAUAUACAGAAGUUUGAGAAGGGACAAAGGAAAGACAGGUUGGAGAAUGUGAAUGUGAAGUCAAGAUACAACCCUGAAGAAUAUGAUUUGAGUGCUAAAUCUGAAAGCUUGGUGUUUGAUCAUCUGAUCCUUAGAAACAGGAUAGACUCUGGAGGUUUGCUUCUCUGCAACUUGAGAAUCUUCUGACAGUUAAAUUGUUAGUGUAUAUGAUCUGAUUCGGGUUACCUUGCAAUUUCAUGUAAAGUUGAUUAAUGGCAUGUACGUUAUGUUCAUAUUUAUUAUGUUUUGUAAUUUAUAAUUACAAGAGAAUUGCUACUUGGAUUUACA